GUCCUGCCGGCGAGCCCCGCCCUUCGUGCCGCACGCACGCGCAUUCCACUCCCUGCAGCCGAGACCCGCUUCACCCGGCCCAUCGCACAAAUAUCAGCCUGGGUUGUAGCCAUGGCCUCCGAGCGGCUGCCAAGUAGGCCUGCCUGUCUCCUAGUGGCCAGCGGUGCUUCGGAAGGUGUGUCAGCCCAGUCCUUCAUCCACUGUUUCACGUUGGCCAGCGCUGCCUUCAACCUACAGGUGGCCACCCCAGGGGGAAAGGCCAUGGACUUUGUGGAUGUGACUGAGACCAAUGCACGUUGGGUACAAGACUUCCGCCUCAAGGCAUAUGCCAGUCCUGCUAAGCUCGAGUCCAUAGAUGGUGCCCGGUACCAUGCCCUCCUGAUUCCCAGCUGUCCUGGCGCCCUGGCUGAUCUUGCCAGCAGUGGGUCCCUGGCUCGAAUACUGCAGCACUUCCGCUCUGAGAGCAAACCCAUCUGUGCCAUUGGCCAUGGUGUUGCUGCUCUGUGCUGUGCUACCAAUGAAGACAGGUCCUGGGUGUUCCAGGGCUACAGUCUGACAGGGCCUUCUGUGUACGAGCUCAUCAGGGCACCUGGCUUUGCCCGCCUGCCAUUGAUCGUUGAAGACUUUGUGAAGGACUCUGGUGCUGGCUUCAGUGCCAGUGAGCCUGACGCUGUGCAUGUGGUGCUGGACCGCCAUCUGGUCACUGGCCAAAAUGCUAACUCCACCGUUCCUGCUGUCCAGAACCUGCUCUUCCUCUGUGGCAGCCGGAAGUAAGCUUGGAUGCUGUCCUGGUGACCUAGAGACAAGGACUGAACUCACUGUGGCCUUUUCUUCUGAUCCUUACUCAAUGGGACACUCAAGCCUCCAUCGGGACCUUGUGGAAUGCUGGAGGCCUCCAGGAAUUAAUAUUUGUGGAAUAUCAGUUCUAAUGUAGACUAAACACCCUUUCCUCAUUCCCAGCACACAGUGUCUCAGCUGGCCAGGCAGUCCCUAAGAACUCCAAACUGACCAUUCGAAGAAGAAUCGUCCAUGGGUUGUCAUCAGCUGUGGGAUCUUAGGAUGGGUGUUGCUCUUCUGUGUUUUUUUGGCUAUUUCUAUCCCUUCAGCUGUUCAUGGGAACAGUGUAGAUGAGACCAUAGGCUGGAGUCUGCUCUGAACUCUCAUCUCUCCUUUUUUUUUUUUUUUUUAAAAAAAAAAAAACUUGUUUAUUUUUAUAUUUCCUAUGCAAUGAUGUUUUGCAUGAACAUAUGUCUUUAUGAGAGUGUCAGAUUCCCUGGAACUAGAGUUACAGACAAUUGUAAGCUGCCAUGUAGGUGCUGGGAAUUGAACCCAGGUCCUCUGGAAGAGCAAUCAGUGCUCUUAACCAUUGAGCCAACUCUCUAGCCUCCCUCAUGCCCCCCACCCCCUUUUUUUUUGAGACAGGGUUUCUCUUUAACCUUGGCUGUCUUAAAACUCACUCUGUAGACCAGGCUGGCCUGGAACCCAGAGAUUCACCUGCCUCUGCCUCCCUUAGGAUGUGAUUAAAGGCAUGCGCUACCACCUGGCUAUGAACUUAUCUUUUUAAAGGUUAUCCUAUCCAUAAAGAGGCAGAAUUCUUGCUGAAGAAGUCUGCCCUCGUUUUAUUAUUGCUGGCCUGUGAUUUUGAAUGUAAUAGAGGUGUCAGCUCAGACUGGCAUAGUCCUGGGCCCUUGAAGUAGACACAGUGAUGUCAUCCUGUUCCAUAUGGCAUGGAAAAAAAUAUUAGUGUCACCCCUUGAGAUCCUUAAACUGCAGUUACCCCUGUCUGUCCAAUUGCAUCUGGCUUACAGAAGCCUCAGCCCAAGUAUUCCUAGAAGGAAUGGCCACAGAUGGGCCUAAGCCAUAUGGAGCAGGGGUAGCCAUGAGUCCUGUCUCCCACUCCCUGGACAGGCUUUUGCCAAGGAACUGAUAAUGGCCAUGUGACCAUCUCCCUCCUGGACAUCUUUGUUUGCUGUCAAUCCUGGGACGCCUGGCCUGGCCUGUAGCCUCUGUUGAGCAGCCUUCUAGCCCUGGAAUAGACCCAAGUAACUUGAACCUCUCAGCUUCCAUCUCCACUUAACUUUGCAUAUCCCAAGCUCCAGAGAAGUGCCAGAGACCUGGAGGAAUACCUUUUGGUGGUUAGUAACCUUUAAUGAGGAAAGUCCAGAGCAAAGUAGAAGGAACAGGAGAGCCCGCCUGUCCCUGGAUUCCUCCCUGGCUUUGCACUGCUCCCGUCUGCCAUAAACACCGUGUAAUGAUGGGUAUUUCUGGACAAAACUUUAAAAAUCUGAGGCUGUGCCCUGGACUUGACUGAUUCAGACAUAGGCUGAAUGGUCCGUAAACAACAGAUAUUUGCACAUGCUUCUUGAAGCUUUAAGUCUAAAGUCAUAGUGUCUGGUAAGAGCUUCCUGGAUCAGACGUCUUUGCUUCUUAACUGAUGGAAAGCAGUAAGUGUGCUCCCUCCCUCUCCCUCUCCUCCCUCUCCCUCUUCCGUCUUCCCUCUUCCCUGAGGUUACUGAGGUUUUAGUGUUACUUAGUGGACAGCUUUGGACACUGAGGAGGUGAUAACAUGUUGAUGGGGUUUCAGAGUUUCUAAUUGGCUCUACAUGAAUUUCAUAUAUUGUUUGUUGAGAUAGUUUCUCUAUGUAGUCCUGGCUGGCCUGAACUCUUUGUAGACCAGGCUGCCCUCAAACACAAAGACCCACACACUUCUCUGGAAUGCUGGGAUUAAAGGCAUGGUCCACCAAUGCCCACCUAAGCUUCAUAUUCUAUACUGAGGCUUCCCAUGGCUGUAGCAGGUGAGGUGGGCUCUGAUAGUACCAGGCCUUUGUGCCAAGGGUCUUCCCACUGCCCAGUCCUAGAAGGAGGAGGAGUCCUAGAAAAGUGGCAGCUGAGCUUGUUAUGUUCACAAGCACAUUUAGAACAGCUCAAGAGAAA